AUGCCCACCUCGUUCCUCAGAAAGCGGGUAUACGGCCUGUUGCGGACCAAAUUCUCGCCGUCACACAGUCUCGAGGAUGCCGCAGCCGUAGAUGAGAUUGUUCCUGAUGACGUUCAAAGCCCCACCAGCCCGGAAUCCGAGUUCUACAGCCGUGCUUUUCUGGCCGGAAUUGACGGGAGAAGGCUCGAGUUCCCAGAGGUGUACUGCGGAAAAACGGGCCUCGAACUCCCCCAAAUCGUGCUCGAGGACUUUGACCCGCAAAUCAUUUCCACCUGCACGGGACCGGAUGGUGGAUUGACGCAGGUUGUCGAGGUUAAAAAGCAAGCCAUCGCCCGUAUCGCUAAUCUCGAUGACGAGAUGUCAAUAUCGAUGGGUGAUAGCGAGGCUGAGGGAGAGGAGGAAGACAUCGACGAGCCCAUUUCGGCUCCCCUUGGCCGGAACCGCUCGACGUCAGCGUGUCUCCUCGGGUCCUGCAGUUCUCUCUUUGGACCGGAUGAGAAGCACGAAACUCCUCAACAACCAAAUCGAGCCGACCAAUACGAUUGGACGCGCUUUGACGAGCAGAGAGCAUUUGGGAUGUCGACUUCCUUGUACGAGAAGAACCCCUUGACUGGAGUGUCGGCCGGUGAACCUAUUGCCGAUGUGUGGGGCCUGGUGGCGCGGAAGAAUAAUGCGGUCAUGGCUCUAGCCGAUGGUGUCAACUGGGGAGAAGGAGCGCGACUCGCUGCUCGAUGCGCCGUUCGCGGGGCUAUUGACUAUCUAAAUGGCCAUAUCCUGGAUAAUGGAUUUCGAACGACCACAGAAGUAUUCCACGAACUGCUCGCCUCUUUUCACUCCGCUCACUCUUUAAUUCUCCAGGAGGGAGGGCAAUUGACCACUUUAUGCGUCGCGGUCGUUGCGCCAGCCAAAGGAGCAAAACAAUGGGUCCUCUGCGUCUGUAACGUCGGUGACUCGCUUUGUUUUGUCUACAACAACAAUUAUGGCGUUAGAGAGGUAACCCUCGGCUCCCACGACAUUGACCAGAUGCGCGACAUGCGAGACGCUGGUGGUGCUCUUGGCCCCGUCGACGGACGAAAUCCGCAACUCCACAAUCUCACCUGUAGCAUGACAUUCGUUGAUGAGGGUGAUCUUGUCUUCAUCACUUCCGACGGCGUCUCGGACAACUUCGACCCGGUCGUCGGCAAGUUCUGUGUCAUCAAGAAGGAGGAGAACAAGGAGAAUGCAAAUGGGCUACCACCAAGGUCAACCGAUCGAGUGGACCGGCCUAUUAAUGUAACGGUGAAAGACGGAACCGGCGAGAACGGCUACAUCCGGAAUCGAACGUGUGCCGCUUCGCUACCUUGUGUCGAUGCUGCUCAAAGACACGAGUUGAUGCUAGUCAGGAUGCGGGACGUGAUCGCCAAUGGAUUGAGUGGGAAUCGAGGCACACCUAGCCUCUCCCCUCGCCGAAAUGAGCCGUUGUUUCCAUCCGUUCCGGCUUCAUCGCUAUGUCACAACCUUGUCCAGUUCGCCACUUUACUAUCACAAGCAAAACGUCGAACGCUCGAGAAUCCGGAACUUUAUCGGAAGGAGAAGAUGACGAAGGCUGAGCAGAGGCAGAGGAGGCAAAUGGUCCGCGAGAAAAUUGCUGAAAUGCCCGGAAAGCUCGAUCAUGCUAGCGUUGUGGCCUACAAAGUUAGCCGAUGCAAUGAUUUGUCGAGUCAAGCUUCAUCUUCAACGUUAUCCUCGAUUGAUCAAGAACCGGAUAUCAUUUGUCCUCCUGGGACCAGCUAUGAACAGCGGGACGUGCGACUGCACUUUGAGAACUUCAGCAAGACGGACAGAGCAUCGUGCACAAAAACCCUUCCCAUGCGUGGCGGCGACUACGCUGCUGUCCGGUUGACAAUCCCCAAAAAUCAAGAACCGCCAAAACCGGUCGAACGCCUCGAGAUGGUUGAUGGAUCGCCAGUGAUCGCGCGAGCCACAUCGCCUUACGAGCAAAUACCUACAAGGCUCCCACCCCAAAACGGAAAUGGAAAUGGAAGAAGGAAGAAGCACGCGAGGGGAACCGCUGGCAGGCAUACGUUGGGCGUCGAUGUGCAGUGGCUAAAGAGCCUCGUCACGAAAAAGCCCGAGAAGGAGAAGUCGACCAGCCCUCCGUUGACCCCGGUGCAUCAAGUGGAGAGUGAGCGGUCCAGUGACGCACCAGAGCGAACUUCUUUGCGAAAGCGCAUCCGGGAGCUGCUCGGCUCGACAAGGACGUUAAAUCAGACGCAAACCCAAUCGGCACGUGGCACUAAACCCCCGGCUGGCCCAACGACUACGAAGCACAACUUU